AGAAGAAGACGCGCACUGUGCAGCAAGUCCAGCCAGCCAGCCAGCCAUCCAGCUCGCGAGCCGUGGGCAGCUCGUGUAUGGGUCUGGAUUCUGUGGCCCGGUCGUCGGGAAGCAUCAGCAUGGCCGCUCCGCUCAGAGUGUGCAUAGUGGGCUCCGGAAACUGGGGCUCGGCCAUCGCCAGGAUCGUUGGAAAUAAUGCCAUGUCGCAGCGCUUUGCCACCACCGUGAAGAUGUGGGUGUACGAAGAGAACAUUGAUGGCAGGAAGCUCACCGACAUCAUCAACACGGAGCAUGAGAACGUCAAGUACCUGCCAGGAUACAAACUGCCAGAGAACGUGGUGGCUGUCCCCAAGCUGCGGGACGCCGCAGAGGGAGCGGACCUGCUGGUGUUCGUGGUCCCUCACCAGUUCAUCCGGAAUCUCUGUGACGAGAUGGUGGGCUGUGUCUCCACCAAGGCUCGGGGAAUCACACUCAUAAAGGGUAUAGACGAGGGCCCCGGGGGCCUGAAGCUCAUCUCCGACAUCAUCCGAGAGAAGAUGGGGAUUGACGUCAGCGUCCUCAUGGGAGCAAACAUCGCCAAUGAGGUGGCAGCGGAGAAGUUCUGCGAGACCACCAUCGGCAGUAGGAUUCUGGAGAAUGGCCUGCUGUUCAAAGAGCUGCUGCAGACUCCAAACUUCCGAAUCACAGUGGUAGAUGAUGCCGACACAGUGGAGCUGUGUGGAGCUCUGAAGAACAUCGUGGCGGUGGGCGCAGGCUUCUGCGACGGCCUGCAGUGCGGCGACAACACCAAGGCAGCGGUGAUCCGUCUGGGGCUGAUGGAGAUGAUAGCCUUCGCUAAGCUCUUCUCCAAGGACGGCUCCGUUUCCACGGCCACCUUUCUGGAGAGCUGCGGCGUGGCCGACCUCAUCACCACGUGCUAUGGCGGUCGCAAUCGACGAGUGGCAGAGGCCUUCUGCAAGACGGGGAAGAGCAUCGUGGAGCUGGAGAAGGAGAUGCUGAACGGUCAGAAGCUGCAGGGUCCUGCCACCUCAGCCGAGGUCUACCACAUCCUCCAGCAGAAGGGCCUGCUGGACAAGUUCCCUCUGUUCACAGCCGUCUAUCACAUUUGUUUCGAGGGGAAGCCGGUCCAGCAGAUGAUCUCGUGCCUGCAGAGCCACCCGGAGCACCGGUGAUUGGCCCGCUGGAGGGAGCCGCACUGCUGAACGUGUUCACACCAACAGCAUCACCAGCAUCAGCUACUAAUGCUAACAAUCAAACAAACAAACAAGCCCAACCGCUUGACUUCUGGACUGACCCCCUGUGAGCUAAAAAUCUCCAGUGGCUUUUGGAAUAUCACCAUAAUAUCUAUAAUGUAAGAGACAGUGUCCUUUAUCAACUCAAGUUAAACUAAUGUGGUACAAUAGAGGGAAACUGAUCUAAAUACAUGUUGGGAAUGCUGCACUCUGUAAUUACAGGUUUUAACUUGCUUGUUUUUGAACUUUUGCAUAUUUGCAGGUUUGUGACCAAAUGUUUGAAAUGUAACCCGUGUUGGUAUUAUGUGCAGUGGUUUUUCCUCGGUCCGAGCUGUCCGUGACUUGUAACCAGCAGCCGCCAGCAGCCUGGGUAACAGACUGACGGUCAAUGGAUCUCCUCCUCAGUCACAUCUCUUACACUUAUUAACAUAUCUGUUUCCGUAUUUGUAGAACUUCACAGGGUUUGGAUUCAUAUGUUUGCCCUGACAUAAAAAAAAAUAAAUAAAUAAAUAAAAACAUC